UAAUUUGCAAUCUGAGGUGUCAUUUAGAUUUGGCACAGUUACAAGAUCCAUUAGCACUUGACUGAAAGCUCCAGAGGCUGCUUUAUUUAAAGACAUGAAAGCUGAAACAAAUGAAAGGAAGGCGACUAGUUCUACCUCUACUAGCUCUGAGCGACUAUCAAAACAUUUGUCCUGACUCGGCCCAGGGAACUUCCUCUGCUAGCAAGUUAAGGGUCUGCUCUGCCAAAGCCGCUUCUGUGACGGAGCAACAGGAGGAAGGCAUGGAUGACUGGGUCUGGGUGGUAUCCGUUCCUCCCUUGAAGUCAGCCACUUAUACAAUUCAAAGCCUUCCACCGAUAGUUUCUCCCGAAGAACUGAAGGAAGUGCAAUUUGAGAAGGAUGAAAUCAAAUAUAGGAUGAACACUGUGAAGGAGCGUGCAGCAAGGGAACUACGCUGGAAGAUAGAUUAUCACCUACCUGGUUACACUGAGAUGUUAGCCUCCAGACAAAAUGCAGAUUGCAUGUUGAAGGAGACAUCACCCGCAGAGAGGUCUGAAGUAUCUGAGACGUUAUCAUUCCCUAUGAAAAGAAGCUAUCGCCUUUCCCAGGCAGCAAAAUGCUGCCCUGCUAAACCAAGAAAACCAGCAAGAGCAUGCAAGCACUGCCAAGAUAAUCAGGAGAAGAACCAGGAGAAAAUCCAACAGCCGCUUUGCAGAAAGAAUAACAGAAACCAAGACACGACUGCUGAUCCUGGGUGGGUUUUACCAGACAGUUCUACAUCACCAAAAGCUGUUCCCGUGCCUGUGAUAACUACAAAUUUGAUGCAAACAUCAGUUAUAGCCGUCAAGUCAGAACUGACUGAGGACAUUGCUGAAUGAAGACAAGGAGAGACUCUGAAUGUCUCUGACCUCCUCAGAGGAUUUUAGCAUUUCACAAUCCUAAUGUUUCCCACAGGACUUCCAACUAGACUCCCACGCUACUGAACGGCAACAAUACAAAUGGAGCAUUAUUGUCGCACCAGGAGAUAACUAAACAACUGUGAUAAUCACAUUUCAGAGUCAAUGCAUUAAAAGAAUGAGCAAUGCCUUACUUAUGGCAUUUUUCUUCCUGUA